AUGUUAAGGUACACUUUAUAUGUGGAAAUGGCUGCCAAUGGUAUGUUUGGUGCAGGGAAGGAUGGCCUGAUAAAUGCGCCGGACCCCUCGCGCAAGUACACUCUCUCUAUGGCUGAGGUGGCUGUGUUUGACACCGCAUAUUAUCAAGUUUUAAUGGACCUUACUGUCAUCAUAGACCUGGCAAAGGUAUGUGGGAAAAUGCCUCCAUUUAUCAAAGUUGCUGAUAAUUAUCACUGCCUGAAAUGCCCGCUUUACUGUCCCUUGAUCAAGCCAUACUCAGUCAGGAUUCAUUUGUGUAUACUGGUCAUUACCCGGUCCGUUCAUAUUGGCAUGAGUUAAUAACAUCUCGCUUCAAACAUACUGGUCAUUACCCGGUCCGUUCAUAUUGGCAUGAGUUAAUAACAUCUCGCUUCAAACAUGUGCUACUUAUUACACUCAUAAUCAAGUUCUCGUCCGCUUGCUGAGUAAAACAUUGCGCGCGAUGUUUUACACGCCAUCGUGUUUUUAAUCUCUGGGCCAAUUCAAAAUUUGCUAUAGCAAUGCCGCGUAUGAAAUAUUUGAAGGGUUCUCUUCGCUGUAACUUUAUUGCCUGCAAUGUUGCGAGAGAAAAUACACCUUGUACCCGCACCUCGCUUAGUUAUCAAUUGCACAGCCCAGGGUUCCGUUUCUCAAAAGUGCUGGUUACUUUUUCUCGCCCAACACAAAUGACAAAUCAGUACAUUAACCUUCGUUUAGCCUCAUCCCCUCAUCCCUUAGAAGGAAACACAUCGUGACUGGAAUCUUCCUUUACGUUAUAUAACUCUUAAGCCUAGUUUUCACUAGCCCAUAAGCAGAAGCGAAGGACAUACGCACGCGCAGAAUGGCAUAUUUGACUUAAUUCUCGAUACCAGCUCUCCUCAACCCGAUGAUAAACAAGAUAUAUUGCUUUUAAAGUGUGCGCAUAAGGUCUGGGUCAAAGUGACCUAUGAUUGGUCCACGGCCUUGUGCUUAUGCUUGUGCUAAUGUCGACCCCGUUUUCACUAGUCAAAGCUACAACAUAAGCACAAGCACAAGCGCAAACUUGUCCGUUUUUCUUGUGCUUAUGCUUAUGUCGACCCAGUUUUCACUUGCUUACACAUGUGCUUGUCCUUAUGCUUAUGCUUACGCGCUAGUGAAAACCAGGCUUUAGGGUUCUAUACUAGCGUAACUUAUUUGGAAUUAUCAUUUUUGAACAGAACCUCUCACAAGAAAAUCCCAGAGCAUUUCAAGCUCUUCACACUGCAAAUGACAUCGUGAAUGCAUGUCAGGACCUGUCAGAUAGAACGUCGUUGCAAAGGUGAUGUUAUGGAAUAGUUACUAAAUUGAUGAUUGCGCGAAACAUCGAAAAAAUUCCCCGUGCUGAUCUGUUCUCCUUGCAAGGAGAUUUUCGCACGUGUUUCCUUCUCUUUCUCGAACUGUGUGCACACGGGAUAUCUUUAACUAAGUUAUUGCCAAGAUUGCAAUAGAUGUAAAAUUGCAUGGACUGUAGUGCUACUAUUAAUAGUACUACUCAUUUUUAAAUGCGUUUCAAGUUUGUACAAUAUAACUUGCCUUUUAAUUGGAAAAUUAAACAAGACUUACCUGUAAGAUGAAGUUUGAUUGAGAUUCUAUCACAUGGCCGGGCACGCAGGAGAUUGCACCGAGUGUUUCGCGCGUACGCUGUGCGGUCAUGCGAUUGAAUAGGGAUCAACAGCUAGAUAUCCUCUUAUUCUUGUACCCCUACUUCGUAAUGGACUUAUUUCUCCUUUAGUCAUACGCUGAUGCGUCAGAGGCACUUUCCUCUUAUGAGAGGUGGUGAAUCCCUAACACGUAUGAAACGCGCGUUAGUAGCACAGGUUACUCUGAAAAGUAUUUCUGAGCUUUCUAAAAAGAAACCGUCCUUACGUUUGUCGCGCAGUCUUGUUAAGAUCUCAUAAAAUAGUGUGUAUGUUUGAGGAUGUUCUGAGUUAUCUUAAUCUAGAAUACAGACUCUUUUUACAAAGGCAUCUUUUUUUUUGUCCGGUUCUAGGGCGCACGAAAUAGCCGACAGAUUCUUUAAACAAGCAAAUGGAGAUUCUCAACACCAGGUCCACGCUGUUGGAAAUUGUCACAUCGAUUGUGGUAUGGUUAUUAUUAAACGAACAACAAUAUCAAAUUCUGUUCUAUGCACAUCUACUUAUCCAUCCAUCCCUCUGUUCGUCCCCCUGUCCGCCCACCUGUCCGUCCGUCUAUCAGUCCGUCUGUCAGCCUGUCUGUCCUUCCGUCAGUCUGUCUGUCCGUCCGUCCGUCUGUCUUCCUCAGUGUUUUUCCGUCUGUCCGUCCGUCCGUCCGUCCGUCCGCCUGUCUGACUGUCUGACCAUACGUCCAUCUGUCCACCUAUUCGUGCGUUUGUCUUUCCGUCUGCCUUUCCUUCCCCCUGUCCGUCUGUCCAUGCCCAGUUUCUUCCAUCUGUCCUUCCCCCUAUCCGCCUGUCCUUCCACCCCUCCGUCCACCUGUCCUUCCAUCUAUACACCAUCCACUGUCCGCCUGUCCAUCCAUUAGUCCCUCCGUUCGUCCGUCCACCUGUCCAUCCGACCCUCCAUUCAUCCCUCUUCUUGUUUGUCCGUCCAUCUGCCCAUCCCUCUGUUGCCCUGUUUGUCCACCCGUCUGUCCGUGCGCCUUUUCGUGUGUACGUUCCGUCCAUUCAUUCCUCCAUCUGUUUGUCUGUCCGUCCUUCCCUCUGCCCUUCCGUCCACUCGUCCAUUCGUCUUUUUGUCCCUUCGUUUGUCCGUCAUCCCCUCAUUUCGUUUAUCUAUUCGUCUGUCCGUCCACCCAUCCACCCGUCCGUCCAUCUGUUCGUCUCUCGUGUAUCUAUCCAUUUAUCUGUUUAUCUGUCUCCCCAUCUAUUGAUCAAUUAACGUAUUUAGUUGUUUUAUUUGUGUAUUCUUACUAUUUUUACAGCCUGGCUAUGGCCUAUCGCCGAGACCAUCAGAAAGUGUGGUCGCAGUUUUGCAACAGCUGUGAGGUUGAUGGAGAAAUACCCUGACUUCAAAUUCGUGUGCUCA